AUGGCUGGAAUUCUAUAUACGACUUAUACCAUCGGAGAUGGUCGGGUCGAUCUCAGCGAUAUAUGGCAAAUAGUUGGGGGGCGUUUGUCGGAAGCGCAAAGGGAGGAAUCGUUGAAAAAUAUUUCUGGCGACAACACAAGGCGUAGGACCGCCGAACGAAUUUUCAUGGAAGAUAGGAGGGAUCGGUGUCAGUUGGAAGUAUCCCUAUGCAGUCAGGCCAUCGAUUACGUCCAGCAGAGAUGGAUAAUUCCAUUGCGUCCUAUCGAGGUCCCAACCGCGGAUUAUGUCUCUAUCUCAGCAACUCCGAGAUGCGCUGUUACACCUCCCAUAGUGGUCCAUUCGGCAGCUGCAGCUGCUUAUUCGGCAGCUGCGCAACAGAAAUGUGAAAGUUGGUUAAGGAGACAACACACCGACCUCACACCAUCUAACGAAUUUUUCUCGAUCGAAAGUGACCUGCCUCCGAACGCUCUGGCUGCCGGUCAGCUUGCUCAUGCCCCUGAACAACGAACAUCAGUCUUCGUAAACUGCAACCCGUCGUUCCGCCUGUGCAGCACAUGGGUUACCCUUUGCGUCCACGAGGCCUUUGAUGAGGCACGCAAAGUGGAACUAAGCACUGAGGCUGGAUUGAUGGCAACAUAUCUCGACAUUGAACGUUACUAUUCUCACCACCGCAAUGCCAAGUCGGAGCUGCUUUACUUACGGGCAAAGAUGCUUCGCGCCAAAGCUGAGGUAGAAGUUUUUGCGCUGGCCAUCGAAAAUGCGUCUUCACCACAUUCAACUUAUUUCCAGUCGGUCCUACCAGAGCAGGUGCAUAUCUGCAAGGAACGGACUUUUGCCGGAUCAAUCAACGAUCGUACUGACUCGACUUAUGGUAAUAGCCUUGCGUUUGUCUCAGCCUCGAUAAUAUUUGAUCUGCAAUGGGUUCCUGGAACUCCAUUAAAAGGUGUAACCGUUGUUGGUAGCUUGCGUGCGCUCAUUCAUAUCAACUUGGUUGAUCGCAAGGAUUUUGUUCGUGACUUGUUGCAUCGCACCGCUGCUCGACGCGUCUCGAACAGAAUCAAGAUGAUUAGAGUUGCUACGGAAUCGACUCCCGGUCAUUUUCGGUAUGAAGCCCGAUCCACUCGAGUGUUAGCCAUUUUCCGGACAGGAUGGCCUUUAAGCUUUUGCUCCACGGAAGAUAUGGAUAAGGCGACCACAAUGGACAAGCUAGACAUCAUCUUGAAUUCCGCAUUUCUACCUGAUGGACUUGAUGCCCGGAGAGAUACCGCUCGUUAUGAGAUCCGAGAAAUUAGUCAGAAACCCGAGAUGAUUCUGCCAGAGGUCUUGCAUGAGGUUGCAUACGAGUUCGCUCAGCUCUACCUAGCUUUUGAGGGUGUAGGUGUUGAUGACGAGGAUGUAUUUACCCUCGCCACUAUUAAGGGAAUGUACUCCCGACUUUACACACAUCCUGAGUCAGUAUCCGGCCCUGAGGACUAUGGAGAAUGGGAUCGACCGAGGACGCUGGUUACCAGCCAUCAUACCUGCAACAGUCCGAGCCAUCUGGACUGUGAUUCCCUGGAACCACCCCCACCACCACCAUCCCCCACGAACAACGCACAUCUGGCUAUGAAAGCGGCGCGUAUUCUCAGCCUUCUCGCGACUACUUUUCUGUCCCGGAAUCGCUGGAGCCACGUCAUGGAGGCAACGUGUACGCAUCCCCUGCUGGUCGCCCUCCUGGGGCAUCAUCCAGUUAUGCGCCAGCGGGAGGUUACACCACCUCCUGGGGCUCCCCCUCAAGCUAGACCUUCAUAUGGACACGACCCUUCUCCUCAAGGAGGGUCGGGUCACGGCGCUGCAAGUGAUUAUUACAAUCGGCCUCCGCCAGCUGCUCAUGGUGAAUCCUUUAACCUACCACGCUACCAGCCUCAGCCACCGAGCGAGUUCGACGAAGAGGUGUACAAGUCUCAUUUCUCUGCUCAUGCUCAGGCUUAUGGUUCUGGUCAUGACGAUAAACCGAUGGCGAAUGAUGAUAUAGGCACAGCUGCCGCUAUCGAGGCGCUGAAGAUCACAGCUGCAAAUAACCAGGAAGACCACAGGAUGGAUUCCAAACUAACACGGACGCUCCGCAUGCAAGGCCAUCUGCCGGACCACAAGGUGGAUUCCAGACUGACACGGACACUCAGCAUACGAGACCGUCUGCUAAUAUUUCUUCUGAAUCAGCUCAAAUCGAGCCUGGUGAUGGCUCUCGAGAGUCGGGCGGUGGAGGUGAAGGUGAAGGAUCUUUGCCGGAAGUUGCCUGUCCACAGUCGAAAGACUCCUGUGACCGAAAUGACUACGACCUAUGAUAAAUAA